AUGCACACCAUCGAACGUUUCGACCGUCUCAAACAGGACGUCAAUGUUUUCUAUCAUCGCAAUUUAUCAUAUAGUGAAUUAGAGCGUGAUGCGUACAUUAUUGAGCUAAGAGUUGAGAAUUGUAAAACUCGUCUCCAAUUCCUUUCUAAACACUUAUGCUUGUUGUACUCCACCGUUCCUCUCCUUAUUGCGACGAAGGCGACAUCAAUGGGAGCAUGGCAGUCAAGAAUGGAAAUCCCUCAAGAAUACACCUCGCACGACGGCCACAAAAAACCUCUACUGAUUAGUCAAUCGGAUAUGGAAAAAAUCAUCAAGGAUCAACUCCAGGGAAUUGAAGAAUUCUUCGAUACUCUUCGACAAUUAAAAUCCGAUUGCCUAACCCAAGAACGAACGCUGCAGGAAACAACUCAGAAAGAGAUCCUGAACGCUAUAAAGACAAUGGAAGAAACAAUGAAGCAAAUGCACGGGAAAAUCGAACGUUUGGAAGCAGUUCAGAACGCGCCACGCCCAGAAAUGGCUUCCGUCGCAAUCGAAGCUAGAAUAAAUGAAGAACGAGCAAUAAUAGCAAACAACGCCGAAUUCAUGGAAACAGCCGAAGCCGACGAAGACAUGGAAGACGAAGACGCAGCGCUUGAUAGAGAGAUUGAAGCGUUGGAAGCCGACUUAGCAGAAGUCAGCCGUCACAGACGCGAACUCGCACGCAAAAGGACGUGUCGCCCCCGAGAAUACAGGGCAGGUGUUUAUCGUCGUGAAGAACGACAGAUGCGCUGUGUUUUUUGCGGAGUAAACGGACGCCAUUACUCAGACUCAUGCGGCCGUAUCCGCACAGGAGUUGAAAGACGAGAAUAUCUCACCAAAGCAGGAAGAUGUAAAAACUGUUUAGAGAUCGACUGCGAACGAGGCGAAAGUUGCACGAAGAGCAGAAUCCCGUGUUUCCAUUGCAAACAACGUGGCCACCACUCCGCCGUUUGUACACUACCGGAGACUUCGCUGCAGAUCGAGGCAGAAAAAAGACACUGCGAACUCGAGAUGGAUGAUCUUCACGAACGGCUCCGCAAGCUACGUAUACUACGAGAAGCCAGAAACUGA